AUGAGGACCCGGCUGGGCUGGGACUGGAUGAGGUGGGAAUUCUCAGGUCAGCUAGCUGUCUUGGACUCGUCUUCGAUGGCUCCGCUGCGUGCCGACAAGGCCCAGGCCCCUGGAAAGUUCAUGGCGUGGCGGCACUAUGGGUCACAAAAGUGGUUGUCAUUGUCUCAUUGA